AUGGCUCCUGAAUAUGGAUACAGCCUUGUCGCAGAAGAGGCCGAUGUUGAAGAAGAUGGCUCUUCUGGUACACAAGAGAAGAUAACUCGUAAUCCUUUGAAAUCAUUGACUUGGCAUCUCUUUGGCCCUAUCGCUUGGCUAUUUACAACUUUCCUCCUUGUUGCGGUUCUUAUCCUUCUCGUGGCAGCUGUUACCAAGGAGCCAUCCUCAGAGCAGUGCGCAAAAAAACUUUCAGUCUGGUCACCGGCGCUAGAGGCUGUUGAAUAUGUCGAUGUUCAAUUCCAAAACAAGUUCAAUGAGAAAUCUAUCUACAGGGGAAAACCUACCCCAGAACUUGAGAGGGCAUGGCUUGACUUGUGGAAUUUUGGCCCGGUGAACAUCCCUUUGGAUAAGCUUGAUGCACUCAACAAAUCCAAGGAAGUAGACUGGAAAAGAGCCAAACCAGAAGUUGGAGGCGGUAUAAUCGGAAACCUUGAAACAAGCAACCAGCAUUUGACGGAACUCCACAGCAAGUUCGCGAAGUAA